CCGCGCCAAAAACAUUACCAUUAAAGGCACCGAUGGUUAGGAAAGAGAAGGUGAUUUCUGCAUCAGUUGCUAAAGGUUCCAUGCCCAGUUUGCACAAGCCACUUCACUCUAAGCCGGCACCAUCUGUUCAUAAAAAACCUGUGGCACAGAAAAGGGAUGAUAGAGAAUCUAGCAAGGGAAACGUCAUAGCUAAGAAGCCUGUCUUAUCCUCUAAGCCUCAGAUAAAGCAACAACCAGCAAAGCUUCCACCUAGUGCACAGCAGAAGGAGCGUCUAAAGAAAAGACCAGUGCGGUCAUAUUCAGAUGAUGAACAUGAUGAUAGAGCCAUUAGUAUGAUUAGAAGCAUGUUUAGAUAUAAUCCCAGCAGAUAUCGUGGUGUUAAUGAUGAUGAUGAUAGCGACAUGGAGGCUGGAUUUGAUGACAUUAUGAUGGAGGAGAAACGCAGGUCAGUUUCGUUGCAGAAGUCUUUGGGUAAUUUGGAUUUAAUUCUCGUGGUGAUCUUGUUGUAUGGAUCCAUGUUUUUACACCCAUGUGUGGUUCUUGCCUACAUGGGCCUUAUAAGUCUGAUUAAUUUUUAUUUGGUGCAUGCCUAAGCUUCUAUAUCUAUUUGAGCUCAUUUUAUCUGCUAACAAAAUGGCUGUAUCCCCACUGUCCCACAUUUAUCCUCAUAUAGCAUGUACA